GCGCGCAAGGGAUGAUCAUGUGACCAUGUUUUUUUUUUGUUGUUGUUUUUUGUGUGCGCGGUGAUGUGGAGUUUUGAGGCUAUAUAAAUAUUCCAUAUGUUUUUGUCUUUAUGGCCAAAUGUCAAUUUAUUUAGGCUAACAAUCUCAAGCAAGGAAAGUGUGUGUGUGUGCGCCUUGAAGUUCUAGGACUAUUAGGUUCUAGGAGAAUGAAGAGCACGUGACUAGAGUUUAUCCAAUCAUCAUCGAGGCUUGGUUCACUAACAAUAAAAGUUGAGACUUCAAGCUGCCGCUAAAACCAUGCUCCGUGAAAGAAUUUCUAAGAACGUAGCAAGUGAAGAACAACGCUAGAAAACGACUGAACUAUUUCGUUGGAACGCUAAUAAAAUAUAGUUGUUGUUUUUUUUCUUUGUACAAAAUUACUUCAUUUGAGCCCCCUUUAAAGAGCAAUUAGGUAUAAUACAAGUCAAACAAAAAAAUGAAUAUCCAGAAUUCCUUCAGGACCAAGGAAAGAGAUGCCAUAUUCACAUCUAUAACUGGGUCUACAGGAAAUAUUGUAGAAGUGUUUGGAGCACCUAUGGUGGGGAAGUCUUCUCUCAUAGACCAGGUUGUACAAGAGAUAGCAUCUUUUGAUUUCACUUAUGGUAAAAGGACACUCUGCUACAGAAUUCAGUGUAAGAAUAUCUACACCCUGCAGGAUUUGUUUGCACAAAUCUCUACAGUUCUGUGCCCAGACAAGUUCCAGACUGCGACAGAGGAUUUGAAAAACUUCUAUGACAUGAACUACAUCUUACAGCACAUCAAGAAAACCGUAGACACUUUUCCUCGUUCCAGACACAUUCUAGUCUUCCACAAGUGUGAGAGUUUUCAUGCUAAUGGAAGUAGUCAUUCCUUCUUGUCCUUCCUUGGGGAGAUAGUGACCACGCUUCAGUGCACUGAUCUCAACUUUCACCUGGUCUUCAGUACGUAUAAGAGAUUCUCUCUAAGUGGAUACAGGACUUCUCUAGUUAAUGUUGGAAUGUUGAUUGAUCCAGUGGAUAUCUUACAUCUAUUAAAACAAUACGUUCCAGGAGUGGAUGUCAUCCCGUAUGUCUACAUAUGUCAAAGAUAUCUCUGUCUUCCAGGUGCUAUAGUUCAACUGGCCACUCAGUAUGUUUCAAAAAAUGUCUACAUGCCCAAAGUACUUGAACACUUCCUCCGGAGGGACUUGACAUUUUUAACACAGAUUUUUCAGAGUCGGCUUAUCGAGGUUUACGAUUGGUUGACGAAAUAUGAAUUGGAAUGUAUUUCUAGGAUCAACUCAACGGGAUGUAAUCCUUUUUGUAAAGAUUUUGUGGAGAGCUUAUUAGGCCACGAUAAACGCGGAAGCAGGAGUUAUCACUCUUUAGUUACCAACUUAGUAAUUGAAGAGUUUGACCAUUCCAAUCAGCUGUUUGUCCACCCACUGGUACUUUACAAAUGUAGCCUCGAUCGUCCAGUCACAGGGCAAGAAUGUCUCAAUAAAGUCAACAGUUACACUCAGUUUAUCGGACGUAUCCUGGUCAAAGCUGAGAAAAACAUCCAGCUACACGGGGUCAGAGGUCAACCAUAUGGGUGUCAUCGUUUGGAUUGGCCGAACAUUAAACAUUUGUUCCUGACAGCACUACAAGGUGACUUCAAGGACAUAUUUAGGGUUGCUGUGGUAGCCAGGAGACUCAUGAUGGUGCUGGACCCGAACGAUGCCAAACGGUUCUAUGGUGGACUAUACAGGACCACAGAAACUUACGGCAGUCCUAGAGAGUCGGCCGUCAUGGAGGCAUGCCUUGGACACAUCACGGCUUCAGGAGCAGGUGUAGAUUUCCGUCGAGCUUUGGAGCACCUGGACUCGGCAUUGGAUACACUGGAAACUAGUGGUCCAACAUUUUUCUACAAGUGGGCUUUACGAAAGAAGGCUAUCAUCCUCUACAGAAUGUCAAGAUAUCCUGAGUCGAAAAUAUUUUUCCAACAAGCAAAAUCAGUCAGACAUGAGAUCGUCUUGCCGCCUUCAGAUAAGCAGACGUUCUGUGUGUCAGACCUGCAAGUGCUGGAAGACGAUCUGAUUGGGGAAAUCUAUGAAACGAUUCCAAUGAUCUUCUCAGGGGAGAAUGAAGAAGCGUUGAAGAAGAUGAUGACGUUGUACGAAACUAUCCACGACAGAUACACAGACCACCCAGACUACGAUGUCUUACUGAACAGUAUUGGUCUAGCCUUUCAGAGAGGUUAUCAAGACUUGCCCCGAGCUCUGGAGUGGUACACAAAGUCACUUAAGCAGAGGUCACUUCUGGUCAGAAUCAACCCGCAGAGCAUGCUGGUCACUUUGAACAACAUAGCCAUGAUCAAACUUCGAACUGGAGACCUCGCUGGUGCAGAGUGUGACCUACAAAAAGCUUUGACUAUUCUGAGAGAGGGGAUCUGGUACCAGUACAAUACCGCCUUGACCUUGACUCACCUGGCUGAAACUCAAGUCAAACUAAAAAAGUUCCAGGAUGCUUAUGUCUCGUCCAUGCAAUCAGAUGAGAUCUUAAAGAAAAUUUACCAGAAAAAUGAUUACAGGCUGAAGAUCAACUUAGGGAUGUUCCAUUACAAACUCCUUCUUGGUGACUCUAAAAAGAUGGACUGUGACAUUGAAGCAAUGACAGACCUGGGGCUUAAGCUGGAAAAACACAUGAGCGAUGACAGCCACCAUUACCUGAUGUCCAUUUACGAGCAUGGCCUGGUGGUCAGCUGGGCUGUCUCCAUGGACAAGUUCAAGAAGUACAAGGACGAGCUCCUGAAGCACGUGGAGGAGAACAGCCUGGUGAAAGAAGUGCUUGGGAAGACUGAGGUCUCAUCUGGCAGACAGUCGCUGCUGGCUGGACAUAGGCUCUUUAUCGAUUACCUGAAAAACACUGACCUUAAAGACCUGGAGCUUCAAAAACUAAUGGAUAAUUUAACUCUCUCUUGCCCAAUUUGUAAAACCAUCAACGAGGUUCUUGGGAAAGACAUGUGGUUGAAAGAUUUCAUUAGUUGCAGUUUCCCUCAAAACAUCCCUGGCCCAGAAAUCAAUAAUUUGAUUCCGUUUUCCAGCUUCUCUAAUAUUUCUCCAAUUAAUUUAUGUCCACUGGAAGAAGCUUUGGCAUGUGAAGUCAAUCACUUAAACUCUUUGGUGCGGAAAAAUGAGUCCGAACUUGUUUACAUUUUCCAUCCAAACAUUAGUUCUCAUACAAAUAACAACAGAACUGGAAUGUCCAUCUUUGUACAAAAUAUAAGCUGCCUUAGUCCGAAUAGUUUAAACUCUUGCAUAGUCAAUCCUUCUCAAAGUUCAAGCAAUCUAAAUCUUUUCCAUAGUCUAUCUUCAAGAAGCAAACACCCUCUAUUUGUUCUAAACCCUUCAAAUUCGGAGGUUGUUGCUCAAAGUCAUAAAAUAGAUGAACUGUACAGUUAUCUUACCCCUGAAGUAUUAAAUCCUUCUGGCUUUUUAAGACUCAGUCAUCAAGAAAGAUUACAAAUCAUCAGUGCAACUCAACAAAAUAACAGUCUAUCAGUAGGCAAAGAGCUGGCCUCUGUUAGUCAAACUGAACACCAAAGUCCAUUUGUAUCAUACAGAUCUGAUGAGGAACUGAACAUAAGCGAAUCUGUCGCGAAUGCUUCUAUUUCCAAUGCGUCAGAAAACUUGAUGAGUAGAGUGCUCACACAUCAUUCUGAGCUCUUUGGACCUAGAGAUGUUAUGGUUUCAGUUGGACACAGAUUGCAAAGUCCUUUGGUCACAUGUCCUUCUGGAAAUGGUACUCUAAGUCAUUUAGUGGCUAAUGUUUCCCGUACGUUUAAGUCAAACGAGGUUCAGAGUGCAUUAGCUACUAGUCCUAGUGUCUCCAGUGGGUAUAGCCAAAUGAGUCUUUCAAUUGCUAAUAUUUCAGUCUCUGGUCAAGAAACAGAAUUUCAGAACCCAGAGGUCACUAGUUCUCCUGUAUUGGUUGCACAUGCGCAACACCUUCCAGAAUUAAUGAAAUCUUUUGUUAUUAUUGGGCCAAAUCAAUGUAAAGCUCAAGACUUUGAUAACCUUUCCCACUCCACAGCACAAACGAAUCUUCCAAGCCAGCCAGUUAUUAAUGUGCUAAAUGAAAGUUUGACCAGCCCUUUGGUUCUAAGUCCAUCAAAUUCUAUCAGACAAAAAUUCCCCAUCUCUUCGGCAUCUACUGUUGAUCUGUCAUUUGGUCAAUGUCCUUCAGCUAACUCAAAUCUGUAUGCCCUGUUCCCAUCUUUCGAGCUUUCUUCCCUAUCUUCCCAUGGUUCCUUUGAUCAUUUCCUUAACCUUUUGGGUGAACAACCCGAAGCUAUGAUGGACAAGCUCUCAGCCCAUGUUAUCAAUCAGAGUGCAUGCUCUUCUUUUGAAGAGAUCGUAGUCUUAUCAUACCCCCAAGAAGUUUCUAGUCCCUUGGAAGGGAGUGAACUCGACUUGCGAACCAUGAGUUCCAUUUUGUCUCACUUGGAUUAUCCUUCUUCCUUGCAUUCGUCAACACACUGUAAAGAACUGGAAGAAUAUUUCUGGGUCGGUGACCUCCACAGCCAGGAGCACCAUGAUGAGAACUUACCAAGCAACCCUGUCUACUGCCUGGGUUCUGGAGAGUUCCUCGCUGAGCUCUACGCCAGCUUGGCAGACACAGGUAACCGUGCCAGCUCGAUUGCACAUGCGUCUUCUGCUGUUCCUGAGAAUGACUUAAAUGAUUCGACUGAAGUGGUUGAAUUACGGGAACGGUACAGACCAUCCAUUGCGAGCCAAGCGAUUGCUUUACAAUAACAGUGACACACACUUUUAUGAACAGACUUCCUAUUACAUUUUUAAACUUCAAGACAAAAACUGAGUACUGUGAAAUAUUUUAGUGCAUAAACUCUCUUUUUUUUGGGACUUCUUUGAUUGAGAUAAAGCAAAGAUAGAAAUUAAACAUUAGGCUAAAAGUAACCAGACAUUAAUUCGGACCAUUUAAGGAUCUGGUCUGCAUCUUUUCCCAUGCAUUUGUGAAAAAAAAAUACACAAAGAGCUGCAUCCGAGUAUCUUACGACUCCUAAUGAGAUUUUGAAAUGUGGAUUGAGUGAGAACCUCUGCUUAAGAAAUUAAGUAAAUUAAGUUAACACAUUAUUAUGUAUUUCCAAUAUUAUAAAGUAUAUAUAUCUAAUUAUCAAUACAUAUUUUGAAAGGUUCAAAAGCAACACUAUAGCCGACAUACAGUGCAUAUAGCCGUUUGUAUAUUACAUUAUUAUUAUAAUUUUAGAACAUUUUUUUUUGCAAAGUUUUAAUUUAGUUAUGGGCUUUUCUUUGUCAAAAUAGGCCUACAUUGAUGUGCCAAUAACUUUUGAAAACACAACAGUUUCCUGGUUGUGAAGUUGUCUUAAGCUUUAAUAAUAGGACCAUCUAAUGCAUAUGUGUCAUGUUCUCUUUCUCGGCCUUAUUGUGGUGAUAAUGUUAUGGUGUUGGGUUUUCCUGGGUAUUUGCUGAUGGUGUGUUCAAUUUGAAAUGAGACUUUAUUAUCUCAUAGCAUAAUCUAUAUGAUCUUUCAAUGGUGCGUUUUUAACAUUUAUUAUAGAUAGAUUAUAUAUUAUAGAUAGAUGUCAUAGAUUUACAUUGUCUCCCAAUAUUCUCUUUUUCAUUUGCUUAUGUUUUUCGAUAAUGUCCAUUAUAUAGUCAACAUAUUUCUUCCUAUCGCUUUGUCUUCUUUUCCUCUCUUAAUGUAUUUUGAUGCUUAAAGUAAGUAAAAUGGAUUUUUCAAAUCAGGGUGUGAACAAAGACCACAUUAUUAUGAGUAAAAGUAAAUUUCCCCUUUCAGACCUUGCAGGGCUGUAUCUAGGGCUGCUCUAUCUAGAGCUGCUCUAAGGUUAUCUGUUUCUUUGGCCUACGGUUAACGAGCAGGGUGUCACAUGGUCAGCACAACGACCAACCGCCUUUAUUUUCCCCAACUAAGGUCAGGUUCCCAUUGGAGUUGGGUGGACUAAAAAUUGGAAACUCAAAAUACCAGUCUUCACCAAGAUUCGAACCCAGGACCCCAGAUUUGGAAGCCAAGCGCUUAAUCACUCAGCCACCACGACUCCCGUAACUUAGUAAAAAUCCUCAAUGGAAUUAGGACUGACUCUGCAAACUGAGUGUAUUCAUGGUGCGAUAUAACCUGAAAAAGGCCAACACCACGAAACGCGAGAUCAAGCUCGCUUUUUGAAUGUGCUAUUACUAUGUGAUCCGUUUCCAUUUAGUUACAUAAUAGUUUCAAACACACAUAACAUACUUUUAACUACAUCUAGAUAUUUUAGCUAUAAAGAAAUCUCAAUUGUAUUCAUCUUGUUAUAUAUUCACCUCCUCCAGUCGUAGAACGACUGUGUCUCAUUUCUCAGAAAACUAUUCUGGGAGGACGUAACCUUCGACACACAGGGGAGGUAAAUGUGGCAUUCGUUUUGUUGAAGACAAACCAGCGAAUCUUUCGUAUUUCACAUUUUUAUCCCAACCAGCUUUUUGGCUAUUUAUAUCUUACUUUGUCGUCAUCUUGUUCCACAUAUGUCUUUAUGUAGGGCUUUAUGUAGGGCUUUAUCUAGGGCUGCUCUAUCUAGAGCUUUUUCUAGGGCUCUAUCUAGGGUUUUAUCUAGGGCUGUAUCUAGGGCUGCUAUCU